CAUCAAGACGCACUUUGCUUCAUGUAACUUUAUCAGACAAUCGCGGCCGACACUGAAACCGCGUGUCCCUUCUUUGCCCACUUUAUGACUAGGUUGUGCUUGGUUCAUUUACAAGCGUUUUGAUUGUGACGCUACUCCCGCCGGCAGGAGACAGAGAGAGGGAAGCUAAGCGGGUCCUUUUCAUGAACUCACGGUCGGAGGAGCUGGAGCUAGCCCUGUCCCUCAGUGACAUCACCGAAACUCCUUCACUUCGCCGCCGUGUGUUUCUCUGGUGUUGGAGGAGAAGAGAAAGACCGUGUCGCUGCAAAUUCAACCAGUGUUUGUGUUUCUCUCUCUCUCUCUGUGUGUGUCUGUGUGUGUAUGUGAGAGAGAGAGAGAGUUUCUUUGAACUCUUCACCUCCAGUAAAGUAAAACUGAUAUAAUAACCUGCCUAGUAAGUGACUACGGAAUAUUAAUUGCGUUUCAACGUGGAAGCGAAGGUAACCAAGCAGUCUACGAAAUGUACCCCGGGGGAGGAGCUGGUGCUGCUGAGAUGUGCGAGGGACCUCGCUCUACAGGGUCGAUGGCUUCAGCACCCCCAUCUCCGCCAGUACCAGAAUUUGUCUUCAAACCUCCAUCGCGGCCGGACUUUGGCACAAUGGGCAGGACGAUCAAACUCCAGGCCAACUUCUUUGAGAUGGAGAUCCCGAAAAUUGAGGUGUACCAUUACGACAUUGAUAUCAAGCCUGAAAAAUGCCCCAGACGAGUGAACAGAGAAAUAGUUGAGCACAUGGUCCAGCACUUUAAAACUCAAAUCUUUGGGGAUCGUAAACCAGUAUAUGAUGGGAGGAAGAAUCUCUACACAGCAAUGCCUCUCCCUAUUGGCCGAGAUAGAGUAGAGCUUGAGGUGACCAUCCCUGGGGAGGGGAAGGACCGGAGCUUCAAGGUGGCUAUAAAGUGGGUUUCCUGUGUGAGCCUGCAAGCCCUCCAUGACGCGCUCGCUGGACGGCUGCCCAACAUUCCCUUCGAAACCAUACAGGCCCUGGAUGUUGUGAUGAGGCACUUGCCAUCUAUGAGGUACACCCCUGUAGGGCGCUCAUUCUUCACCCCCUCAGAGGGCUGUUCUAAUCCCCUGGGUGGCGGGAGGGAGGUCUGGUUUGGUUUCCACCAAUCUGUCAGGCCUUCCCUGUGGAAAAUGAUGCUGAAUAUUGACGUGUCGGCCACAGCAUUUUAUAAAGCCCAGCCAGUGAUCGAGUUCAUGUGUGAGGUUCUGGAUUUCAAAAGCAUCGAGGAACAGCAGAAGCCCCUCACUGACUCCCAGAGAGUUAAGUUUACCAAGGAAAUUAAAGUUGCUUCUUCUUGGAAUAGUCUGUCUGCAGACCCGAGGAAACAAAGUGAUUUUGGACUGAAGGUUGAGAUAACGCACUGUGGGCAAAUGAAGAGAAAAUACAGAGUAUGCAAUGUAACUAGGAGGCCGGCGAGCCACCAAACAUUCCCUCUUCAGCAGGAGAAUGGACAGACGAUUGAAUGCACUGUAGCACAGUACUUCAAGGACAAGUACAAGCUUGUCCUCCGCUAUCCUCAUCUUCCAUGUUUACAGGUCGGACAGGAGCAGAAGCACACCUACCUGCCUCUUGAGGUUUGCAACAUAGUGGCAGGACAGAGGUGUAUAAAGAAGCUAACAGACAAUCAGACUUCUACUAUGAUCCGCGCCACGGCCCGCUCAGCACCGGACAGGCAGGAUGAGAUCAGCAAGCUGAUGAGAAGUGCCAACUUUAACAAUGAUCCUUAUGUACGUGAAUUUGGAGUAAGGGUCAGAGACGACAUGACUGAAGUAAAUGGGCGUGUCCUUCAAGCACCUUCCAUCCUUUACGGGGGCCGGAAUAAGGCGAUCGCCACUCCAAUCCAGGGAGUCUGGGAUAUGAGGAACAAACAGUUUCACACUGGAAUUGAAAUCAAGGUUUGGGCCAUUGCCUGCUUUGCUCCCCAGCGACAGUGCACUGAACUCCUACUCAAGGCGUUUACGGACCAGUUGCGCAAGAUCUCGCGGGACGCAGGAAUGCCAAUCCAGGGCCAGCCGUGUUUCUGUAAAUACGCGCAAGGAGCGGACAGUGUGGAGCCCAUGUUCAAGCACCUGAAAUACACCUACCAGGGCUUGCAGCUGGUGGUGGUGAUCCUGCCUGGGAAAACACCUGUCUACGCUGAGGUGAAGCGUGUUGGGGACACAGUCUUGGGAAUGGCAACGCAGUGUGUUCAGGUGAAGAAUGUGCAGAAAACUACUCCGCAGACCCUCUCAAAUCUCUGCCUCAAGAUAAAUGUCAAGCUUGGAGGAGUCAACAACAUAUUGUUACCCCAGGGCAGACCUUUAGUGUUUCAGCAGCCGGUUAUAUUCCUUGGGGCAGACGUGACACACCCACCAGCCGGAGAUGGGAAGAAGCCCUCUAUUGCUGCAGUUGUUGGCAGCAUGGAUGCUCACCCCAGCCGUUACUGUGCCACAGUGCGGGUUCAGCAGCAUCGUCAGGAGAUUAUCCAGGAUUUGGCUGCUAUGGUGAGAGAGCUCUUAAUCCAGUUCUACAAAUCGACCCGCUUCAAGCCCACUCGCAUCAUCUUCUACCGCGACGGCAUCUCUGAGGGACAGUUUAAUCAGGUGCUUCACCAUGAGCUGCUAGCGAUUCGUGAGGCGUGUAUUAAACUAGAGAAGGAUUACCAGCCUGGGAUCACCUUCGUCGUGGUCCAGAAACGCCACCACACACGGCUGUUCUGUACGGACAGGAAUGAGAGGGUUGGCAAGAGUGGAAACAUCCCUGCAGGAACCACUGUAGACACCAAAAUCACCCACCCAUCCGAGUUUGAUUUCUACCUGUGCAGUCAUGCUGGCAUUCAGGGAACGAGCCGGCCGUCUCACUACCACGUGUUGUGGGAUGACAACCAUUUUACUUCCGAUGAGCUGCAGGUCCUCACCUACCAGCUGUGCCACACCUACGUGCGCUGCACCCGCUCCGUCUCCAUCCCGGCCCCUGCUUACUACGCCCACCUGGUCGCGUUCCGAGCGCGCUACCACCUAGUGGACAAGGAGCAUGACAGUGCUGAAGGAAGCCAUACCUCAGGACAGAGCAACGGGCGGGACCAGCAGGCCCUGGCCAAGGCAGUGCAGAUUCACCAGGACACUCUGUGCACCAUGUACUUUGCUUGACCAGGGGGAGCGGGAGGGACAGGCUAGGUCUGGGUGGAACAGUGGCAUUUCUGAACAGAGCUAGGCUCAGAUCAGACCAUCUGCACUUGGGGAACCCCCCCUCCCCCAUUCGUAUAACAAUAAAUCCAUGGCAAUCAUACGCGCACUGUAUAGGAGAGGUGUUUCUCUCGAGACGAGGUAGACAGCGCUUACAGAAAUGUAUAUAUGUACUUGUUUUUAACAAACCAGUAUAAACUAGGGGGAACAGUCACACUUCACACUGCCCCCCACCCCCACCCCCUUAUUUCUUAAGAUAGCCCUGCUGUGGCGCUUUUAUUUUUAUUGUUUUAAUUAUUUAAUAUCUCUCUAGAGGACAGAAUGCUUUUGACUGAAACUAAGAGAAAUAAAAACAAACAAAAAGGUAUUUUCAUAGAAGACCCAAUAGAAACCGCGCCAUCCUCCCCUAUUUUAAUUUUGAGAAAUGCAGUGCUACAUCCGUUUUGUGUAGCAUGUUCAUGCAUCCUAGUGUUGAGCUUCUUCAUAAAGUAAAUGUUUCUUUUUUGUAUGUUUUGUUUGUCUUGAUACACUCUGUGUGUGCAAAGGCUUUCACAAUGGUACAGUGCAGCCUGUGCAUCCUAGCAGACGAGAUGUAAAACUCCGCUGAAACUGCUGGCUUUCAUGGAAAUAGAGUUGGAUCCAGUGGGCAUUAUCUGAAGAGCCCCUUUGCACACUGUGGCUUGCUAGUAUGCUCACAGCAGCAAUGAGAAUAUCUCCCCUUUCUAGUUGUUUUAUUUAUAAGUGACUGCCCUGAAGACACAAGGAAAGCAGACAGUACAGACAGGUAUAGUUGGCUUUUCGUCUAAAGCGUUUUGAAUCUGAAGGGGGUAGUUCUGGCAGGAAAGCAUUCCUAGCACCUUGCAUAGGCCGGUCUCCCAGCACCGUUCAUUGCAUUCAUGUUUUGUUGGUGGUCACAGUUAAAGAUGCUGUUAUGAAGGUACCCCCCUCCCCCAUUAAGCUCAGUGUUUAUGUGUUUCGUUUGGUUUUUCCUCUUGUACUGGCACAGGUGUAAGUAUUAGCGAAGUGACCGAGAUAUUGGACAUUUAAAGAUUUGUUUUGCAUGUAAACUUAUUUAUUAGACUAGUGAAUUUUUUCUCCUAUUUUUUGUAUUGUAAGUUAAUUUGAACAUUUAAGUCCAUAUUAAAUCUGUACUAAUAGAAAAAUGAAGGUCAGCCAAUGUCUUUUUUUUAUUUUAAUGAACCCUUCUCUAACUGUAGUGCUUUUACCGUAUGCAUUCACAUUGCUGAAACUACAGUGCAUACUGGAGGCGGUGCUAUCUUUUUUAAUUGAUGUAUCUUAACCACACCAGGGAGUUGCUUGAGUAUUUUUGAUUUUCGACUUCUGUACUGUGAAGUGGAUUUAAUGAAAUUCAGAGAACAGUGUGAUUCUCACAUCUACAUAAACAUCUCUUCACUGCUGUAUAUUUUGAGUUUGAAAUGUUGGUUGUAGCAUCACUUCAUUGUUUUUAUACUGUUUGGUUAUUUGUGCAUUGUGUUUAUGUAUUAAGUGACAAGUGUGGAUUUGACUUGCUGUACCUCUUGCUGUUCAUUUUGUUUUAGGAUUAUUUGGAUUGUAAAGUGUUUUUUUUUGUAGCAAAACACACGUUUACACAGCAGAGAAGUAUUUUAAAUAGGGAAUGCAAUUCCUAAUAACUAAGGUUCCACAUGCCUUUUUAAAAUUUAAUUGUUUAACCCUGUACUGCUCAAGGUAGUCUCUUUUUAUUUAUGUAAAGCUGAUUUUAUUUUAUUAUAAAUCACUUUUUUCAGAUUUUUAUGCACAGUUUUAUGUAAUCUACAAGCUACAUUUUGUUUGUGUAGUGCACCGUUUGAAUUUAAAAAGCUUACAGAAGCAUUUAGGAUAAAUGUGUGCAAUGCUUGAUAGUGUAGUUAUUUUUAAUAUAUGGUUAUAGAAGUUGGAAUUGAAAAUAGAUGUGCUUAGGUCAUUUUAAUUGGUGCGUAAGUGCAGCUAAUUGUUCCAGCCCAAUGUUAACACAGUGGAAGAAUGAUCAUGUUCCAAUGUUAACACAGUGGAAGAAUGAUCAUGUUCUAGAACCUAGCCCAAUGUUAACACAGUUCAAGAAUGAUCAUGUUCCAAUGUUAACACAGUGGAAGAAUGAUCAUGUUCUAGUGUUAACACAGUGGAAGAAUGAUCAUGUUCUAGCCCAAUGUUAACACAGUUCAAGAAUGAUCAUGUUCCAAUGUUAACACAGUGGAAGAAUGAUCAUGUUCUAGCCCAAUGUUAACACAGUUCAAGAAUGAUCAUGUUCCAAUGUUAACACAGUGGAAGAAUGAUCAUGUUCUAGCCCAAUGUUAACACAGUGGAAGAAUGAUCAUGUUCCAAUGUUAACACAGUGGAAGAAUGAUCAUGUUCCAGCCCAAUGUUAAAAUUCAGUUUGAUCAAAUGAUGUGUUGUUUAUGAAUCUUAAAAAGAAUCAAAGUUGUAAUCGUAGUAAUUUAAAAUACUACAGAAAUGAUGACUGUUCAUAGUCUUGAGUAUCUAUUGCUUUGCCUUGGUUUACUUCUUAAGGGGAAUUCCUAUCAACUCCUUAGAUAGCCAGUUAGACGACAAUAUGUUUGCAUAAAACUAAAAACGGCACAUUUAGCACAAUUCUAGUCUACUUCUGUUAGCAGUCAGAUCAUCCUAACACUGUGAAUUCAACAUAUCCAUUAUCCAGAGCCUCCAUAUUCACUGAAGUGAUCAGACUGGAAUUUCAGAUAUCCUGUAAGUCAGUGCGCAUGUUGAUGGAGAGAACUCCUCUCAGCUGUGUCUGCAUAGUGUUUGUAGUUGAGGGGUUUCACAAUAGAGGAGGGAGUGGGCGGGCUGAUACACCAGGGAAAAUGAGCCGUUAGACUUGAUGUGCAGUACAAAUUUGGCCAAUUUCCUCCGUUAACAUAUCAUGGGGGUUCUUAGCAGUAAACAUGUUAUAAAGUAUAUUGCCUGCCAGCUGUAAGGACAUAUGCUCUGGACCAACAGCUCCCUCCAUGUCUCUGAUCUGCCCAGCUCUGUUCAGUGUAGAUGCAUUGCCAACAGUUUGCAAGAAAAUGACCUGUUUACUUGCACUUAAGAGAAUUGUUAUACUGAAAAGCAAGCGGAUGUGUGUAUUUUCAGCCAAAAGACAACAUUUACCUUGUAGGAAGCUUUUUUGUUUUUUUCUCAGCAGGAAAGGGUUCAAGUACCUAGACUUGUCUGCCUGUGGCAGCUCUGUACUGUAUAAAGGGUUUGGGCAAUGACAGCGAAAGCUGUUUGUGUUCAUUUAAAUGGCUGUGUAAUUUUCAUAUCAUGAAGCCUCCUUGCUUACUCCCAUAAUUUUUUAGUUUUUUAUUUGGAUGGGUAUCAAACAAGGAUAGGCUUGUUAGUAGAGCGCUGUGACAACAGGCCAACGCCCUAGACAUCAAGGGUCAAUUGCAAUGUAUGGAGCUGUGGACUAAACCGUGUGCUAGCUGGUGUGAUAUGAUGUGAGGAUCAUCUCCAGUUAAACAACGUGCUACCUGGUACGAUAUGAUGUGAGGAUCAUCUCCAGUUAAGCCCAAACUCAGAACUAUCUUCACCCCAAUUGCAAUGUAAAAACGCAGUGAUCCCAACCUUUAGCACAGACCUCGGAGUUAAACUGGUCAUUCCCUUCCUGUUUGGAAAAGUGGGGGAGGGGGGCAGAAUGAAUGAUUUCGUAUUUCCUCAAUGUUCCCUCCUGCUUGUAAAGAACUACUAUUAUCAGUGUUGUCCUUGCAAUAUUUAUUUUAUUAAACCGCAGUAACUAAGUUGUGUACUACUGCUAAAAUACAUUAAUUCUAAAAUUAAAAUUAAUUAAACAAGUUGUGUAGCAAGACGUGUUGUAAUUAAUACAUUUAAAUCUUACUAAUUAUUCAUUUUGAAGAAAGAGAUAUACAAAUGAAUGAAUUACAAAUAGUACAAAGUUACCCACGCUGAUGGAUUAUAUUACACUGGGGGUUAGUUUGUUCCCGAUCCCUCCAGAUCUCCCCCCCACACACACACCAAAUGCAUAAAAGAUUUUCUUUACAGUUAUACAAAAUAUAUACUGUAAAGACCUUGCAAGAAAUGAAAUCUAAUCUUGUUUCUACGAAAGGGACCCUUUACGCAUUGGCACCAGUGAGCUGGAUAACAAGGUUCUGAUAACACACAUUUUGAGUACAUUGCAAUUGACCCCAGAGGCUGGUUUGACUGAGUCCCUUUCCAGGACUGUCAGUGUGCUGAAAUGAGGUCUCAUUAACACCUCACAGCUGGUAGCAGGCCUGUCCUAAGAGUGACUGGAGGGCCUUUUUUAUAUAACAGUGCAAAUCUGUAAAUGUUUUCUUGUAUUUUAAUAACGGGGUUCUACAGCAGGACCCUGGGUUUGGGAGACUUUCUGUUUGCAGAUUUCACAGUGGGACUUUCUCCCAUAUAAAUAACUCAGAAGUUGGAACAAUUGUAUUAAUCUUUUUUUUUUUUUUAAAGCCUAUGAUAUGCCUAAAGAUAUGCCUAUGAUAUGCCCAUUUAAGAUGUUUCACUGCAUGCUCCUUUUCAGGGGAGAGGAUAACUGGUAUAGUAUGAUAAUAAGGUUCUUUUAAAUAAGGUCUGCUGUUUGACGUGGUCAUCUGCUUUUGUGUGUAUUGAGGUGGCAUGGUCUGCCCAUUUAUAACGGGGCUAUAUGAGAAAUGUAGUUUUGUUUUUAUUUAUUUUUCCAUUCUUUACAGAUCUCUUGUUUGAGCCAAAGCAGCAGUGUAAAACAUGUGGGGAGAGUGAGCAUUUUUAGGAAGUCAUGCAGAGUUGUAUUUUUUGUUUGUUUUUGUUUUCAAAUUCCAGAUGACCUAUUUUUUAUAUGUUUCAAUAUAUAUAUAUAUAUAUAUAUAUAUAUAUAUAUAUAUAUAUAUAUAUAUAUAUAUAUAUAUAAGGGGUUAAAACCUGCAAGGUGUAUUAUACUGUAAAUACAUACCGGUAUCUUACCAGUCUAUGCAGUAUGUUUAUAUAGAUCAGAUUCUACCUCCUAUAAGGACUUCUCUUCCUGCUCUUGUCUGGGAGCUGCAGAUUUUCUGUGUUUCUCUGGGGUGGGGGGUGUAAAGAAAAACCCAACAUAGCUAUCAUAAGUUAGUAGAAUUGUGUCCGUUCUCAGCCUUGAAUAUCUGUGCACUCUUUAUGCAGUCUGACUUUAGGCAUGUCAUAGAGCGAUACUAACACAACUGUAUAAGACUAACCAAUGUCGGUGGCUAUUUUUCAAGAGCCAAAUGAUGGCACAUUUUGUAGCCUUUUUCUUCAGAGAUUUAGAUUUUUCUUGGAAACCAGCUUGUCAACCAACAUUCCAUUUCUCUCUCUCUCUCUCUCUCUCUCUCUCUCUCUCUCUCUCUCAUAAUAUAUAUAUAUAUAUAUAUAUAUAUAUAUAUAUAUAUAUAUAUAUAUAUAUAUAUAUAUAUAAAAUAAAUAAUGUAUGUACACUUUAAAGAAAGUAGCUUUGUAGACUUGUUCCAGCAUCCUGAGCUUAAAUACAGACUGCCAUUGUGAUUUAUAAUAACCCUAAUAAUAAGGUAUGUGUGUGAGUGUGUAUGUGUGGGGAGAGACGCUGGGAUUGUACUUUUAUAUUUAACUGUAAAUGGGGUCCCAUGACAAAUCGGACAAAUUGCUAUUGACCUGAAACAAACAAAAGGUGCUUUUGGAUAAAAACCUGAACUGUAACUGCAAUUGAAUUGAGCAGUUCUUGCUGUUGUGCUUUUUAAUACUGCAUCACAAAAUGAAGCUUUCCUUUUAAUAUCUGUAUUUAUCCACAACAUCUCUGGUUUAGGGGGCGAGGGCAGAUUGGAUCCCUCUAUUGACUGGCAGGAAAGGGCUGACCUCUCCGUUCAAGGGAGGGCCACUAAAACAUACCCUGUCUGACACUGCUGCUGCUGCCCCAUGGAAGGUCUGUGAUGCAGUACUGUUACAAUGUGCUUUGAAAUACACAGCUCUGUUCCAAUCCCCAUUAAAUCAGAGAUGUUAAACAGAACAAACACAACAAGCAGAAAGAAUGUACUUUGCAAAAAGCCAGCAUUUUUUAUGUUUUUUAAUGUAUAUAACUGACAGAAGUCCUAAGGGUAAUUUAUACACAAAUAAUCACAAUACACUGGCAUCAAAAUGGCACAAAUAAAUAAAUAUUUAAUGUCAUAUUUAAUGUGUGCUGUUUUUUAUGUAUGUUUGUUUACUUCAGUGGAUGAAAGACCCCUUGAAUUUGUAUUUUUUAAAUGAUUAUGGCAGAGAGAAGCUUUGUUACCUUCAUAGUGUAUUGUUUAUGUGAUGUUUUUCACAGAAGACAAGGAACUGUAUGUGCUUUCCUUUUCUCAGUGUCACUGGACAUGUCCAGAAGUUUCCAAGCGGUUAAUGUGUUUAUCCCAUGGGUAAAAAGAUUUUGGAACUUACCCGCCUUUUACAAACAAAUGGGGUUGUGAACGAUCUUAAAUGUAAGUUCAGCAAAUAAACAAAGAAAACAACAAAGACGUUUGUACCACAAGAUGAAUGUGUGAAAGAGUGAUAGCUGGAUUAGAUACUGACCAAUAAAAAUUACGUAUCAGAGAAUUGAAUCUUUUAUUAAGCCACAGAAAAUCAAACUUACUGUUUUAUAAAUUUGAGCUAUAGAUGCAAUAAACACAUUAACCAAUCCCUCUGCAUUUUGAGAACUUGACCAUUUUGAUCAAUUUAACUUGUAUUUAUGUGUCUUCUCUGCAGCCAGAGAGUUAAAAAGUGUUUUGCUCUUCUGGAACUGGAACAGUAAUGCAUCCACUGAGUGUCACAGGCAUGCUGAGCAGAGGGCUGGCAACAGUUCACUUCUCCUGUCUGAUAAAUAGUGGAAAAGUUUACCCAGUUGCUCAAGCCUUAUAAUUUCUGUUUUUGUGAACCAAGUAUACUGUACUUUUUGUAAGGUAACAAAACCAUCUAUUUGCAGUGUUUAUUCUUGUAGUACGCACUGCCUCGUUGGGGUCUGAUUUGAGGUCCUGUUUUUAAUCCGUUUCAUCUCCACUGAAGUCUUUCUUUUUCAAUAUUAACAGUAUCUGAACUUUACUUGCAUAGCAGGCAUAGAUACAAAAUAAUAAUAAUGAAGACUGCAUGCUAAUGUUAAGCUGUUUUUGGGUAAAUAAUAGAGUUCCUUUUAGAUGGGAGGAGAAAAAUCUAAGGUGUAAUUUUAACAGUGGUCUGAAACCAUGUACUGUGUUUCCAUAUCUGGCUGGUGGUCACUUGGUUUUGGUGGCUUCCAUUAACACCCCCACCUGCAUUGCUGAUUAACAGUGCAAUUCAGUCUGCACUCUCAACAGGGUCUUUUACAAAGCUUCACAACUUCUAUUGAUUAGAUCUCUGGUAAAGCUCUGGAAAUAAAAAAAAUAAAGAGGUGCAUCACAACACGCUGUGCCUAAUGACGUGUACAACAUCAUUUACCAGAGUAAAACAUUGGGUGAUCUGGGAUUCGUGUGUUCCUGUACAAUCCAGUUACCCCUGGCAAAUGGCAGAUAUUCUGUGUGUAUUACUCUACUUCAUCCACAGAGACCUGACAUCUGCCUGAUCCCUAAAACAAAUUUUUACAAAGCUCCAAGUAUAUUUCACAACCUGAUGGUAUAAUUAUCCGUUAUUUAAAACAAAAACACAUGCUAAAGAAAUAAUAUAUUUAAAAACAGAUGUAAAUGCAAUUCACACUAUUAAAAAUAAGCAAAACCCCUUUAAAGUAAGUGAAGGUGCACAAAGUACUCUUGUAUUUAUGUUGUAGUUUCUGCAUUACUUUAAAGGGGUUUUUGUGUGUAUAAAAUGUGUUAUUUUUGCUCCAGGCAUUAGUACAGUGGGGUGACCCAGAUUUUUUUUUCUUUCUACAAACUGUGGAUCUACCUCAGAAUAAAUGUCAGGUGCUAAAAAUUAUAAUCCCUAAUUUUUUUAACAAAUAAAUGCAUCAAAUACAAAUGAAAUGGUGACCAAACAAGUAGCCAGCACACAGAGUGAAAGGAUGUAGUGCUUAUACUUUCUGUCUGUACAUUUUAAUUGAUGGUCUCUCUUAAGGGAUGUUUUCUUAAACGUAUGCGCUUCAUCGGAGUUCAGGGGACCAAUCUUUUCACUGAAAAUAAAUUGAGGGGGUUGUUGCAUUUAUUUGAAAAUGUAGUAUAUGGUAAAAUUGGGGUGUAGGUUUUGGUCAACUAACACUAGUUCAAAUUGGGCCCCGCCACCAUAGAUCUCUGCUGAGGGAUAUAUGUAAGAGUAAUGUCUGUGUACUGAAUUUUGUAAAAGAUACAUUUCAUAUUACAUUAUUUUAAUGCACACUGUGUGCUAAUAGUAGAUUGAUAAUGUAAUAAAAUUGCAUUUUAAAAGCAUAACUAUUUCAAUUGGAGGUACAAAAAAGCCUGUUUUGUGGGGGAAUGGUUUAUUUUAUUUCUUUUUUGUGAGGAUACUGAAUAGAAAAUGUAGUUUAUGUUCAUUACAUGGUCUUGGCUGAAAACAUCCCUUACAUUUUUAUUUGUGCCUUUUUGAACAACCAUUUCCCCCUAUUUUUAGCUGUAGCGUGUGUCUAGAUCUUGUGUUUCAUGUCUAUCUAUAGAGUUAGAUAGAUCUCUGACAGUAACUUACCAUGCAUCCUUGAAUAUGCUGCAUAGAGUGGUCAGUAUUUGUGUGUUGCACUUUCUAAGCAGUUAAUUGCCUAAUCAGCUGGGCAAAAUAAAUGAAAUUAGGUAUUCUGCUAAAUAGAGUAAAUAAAUAAUAAAAACCAUGAACUUGCAGAAUUUUGUAAAAUAUAUACAAAGUACCUCAUAAGCCUCAUAUAUGCUGCAUUGAUUGUGUCUGAUUUAGUUUUGUGCCCUCUUCUGUACUCCAUAUCCAAUAUACCAUUUAAAAAAGAAGGGGGUUCUCUUGUGUUUUAUGUGAGGGUUGACAGUCACAGGGUACUGUGCAUGGAGCCUGUUUGUAAAAAGAUGUUCUUUGUGAAAGUGGGCUGCAGUCUACUGCACUACAAAGUUGUAUGUGUUUGAGGUGCAAAGAAUCUCAUUGUGUCUUGGGAUUUCAUCUCCAGUGCAGCUAUGAUGUAAAAACUCUGACACCAAAGGCAUGGUGGGCUGGCAGUGAUGGGCAGUGUCUGUAUGUGUGGGGUGGGGCGCCUCUGCCACAGACCUGUGCUAUAGCUACCUCCAUAAACCAUGUUUUUUUAACAAGGACACAGAAAAUGAGAUUUGGAGCAUUAAAAGAUGCAUGGUAUUAUGUCUGAUCAGUGACCAUUGGUUCUAUUAAGGCAUACUGCACACUCACCUAUUGAAAGUUGACCUGCACAUUUCAGAUGCGAUUCCAUUCCUGUAUAUGUUCUUUACCACAUGCCAAAAUGAAUAGUGAACAUUCCUGUGAGGUUUUAAUGGUUCUUUCUGUCUUUCAUUUUCACUGCUGAGCUCAUUGUUGGAAAUAGUGUAUGUGACUGAGCAUGGAUUAAUUUCCAUUUGUUCAGUACAAUUUAAAAAAACAACUCCAACAUGCUGUAAGCCCCUUCAGAACAUAGUGUGAAUAUGUAUCGCUUUGAGUUAAUAUAGUUCACUUUUUUUCUGCCUAACCUGUAUAUUACAUUCUUAAUAAAAAAAAUGAAAAAUCAA